AUUUCAUGGAGCCCCAAUUAGUUCCCUCUGGCAUAUUUUCUGCGCUUGUGAUCUUCUGCUUAGUGCAUGCCUCCGGAAAUUUCAAUAAACUACACAUUUUCUCACAUUUAGUGAUUAAAUACCUCGACACUUUCAACUCAUGGAUAUAUUUUCUAGACGCCAAUAAAUGGAUGCUUUUCUUAAAGGAGGAAGCUUUAAAUCCAAGGCUGCAACUACCUCCACUGGAGGGUCCACCAAACAAAGACAAGUGCCAUGGGUUGAAAAAUAUCGGCCAAAGACAGUUGAUGAGGUGGCGUAUCAAGAUGAGGUUGUUGCUGUUCUUAAAAAAUCCUUACAAGGAGCAGAUCUACCUAACAUGUUGUUCUAUGGGCCCCCUGGUACAGGCAAAACUUCCACCAUCCUAGCUGCAUCGAGAGAGCUCUUUGGACAUGACAUGUAUCGAAGCCGUGUUCUAGAACUGAAUGCCUCAGAUGAAAGAGGUAUCCAGGUGGUACGAGACAAGGUCAAGAAAUUUGCUCAGACCGCGGCGGGUGGAGUCAGACCAGAUGGGAAACCAUGCCCUCCUUUCAAGAUCAUCAUAUUAGAUGAAGCUGAUUCAAUGACCAAUGACGCUCAGGCUGCCCUUAGGAGAACAAUGGAGAAGCAAUCCAAGAAUACAAAAUUUUGUCUCAUCUGUAAUUAUAUCAGCAGGAUUAUAGAGCCACUGACGUCUCGUUGCUCCAAGUUUCGGUUUAAGCCUCUCAGUAAACCCAUCCAGGGGAAGAAACUAAGGGAAAUCUGUGAAGCUGAGAACAUCACAUGCAGUGACGAGGCUUUGGAUGCCAUUUUGAAAUUAUCGGAAGGAGACAUGAGGAAAUCCAUCACCUUCCUUCAGAGCGCUCAUCGUCUUCAACGAGAGGAUGGCAUCCUGGUUGAUGAUAUCUAUGAGAUUGCUGGGGUUAUCCCAGAUAGAAUCAUAGAUAAUCUCAUUCAGGCCUGCUAUGGUGGUUCCUAUGAAAAGCUGGAUGAGAAUGUCCAACAGCUGCUCCAAGAUGGCUACUCAGCAUCUCAGGUUGUCAACCAGGUUUUUGACGUCAUAGUGGAAAGAGGAGAGCUCACCAAUAAACAGAAGUCGGCCAUCGCUGAGCGGCUUGCUGUCAUCGACAAACGACUGUGCGAUGGAGCAGACGAAGGCCUGCAAAUCAUGGAUCUGUUCACACUGACCAUGGAUCAAUUCUGCACUGUGCAGAACUAGGACGUAAACCAAGCUGUAUGUGAACACAGCCACUUUCAGGACAUUGUUUACGUGUGAUGUGCAUCAUCUAUGUGAGGUGGUUGUACAUCAUGUGACCGAUAACAGAUGUUAUCUAGCUUGUGCAAACUGAAAUUCAGCGGAGAGGACAUGUACCGUCAAGUAUUCGAGAAUCAGGCCUAAAGUUUGAUAUUUCUUGGGCAAGGGGCUUUUCAGAAUGGCAUAUUUUUGUAUUACUGCACAAAUGGAAAAAAAAAAUGAAAAGGGCACAAAAAUAUCACAAGGCCAGUGAAAGGAGCAUUGAGGCGAAUCAAUUGGGUAUCCAAGACUCUGACCCUUGACCUAGGAUGACCUUGGAUGACCUAUGAUUGAUAGAGCUCUGCAGAAUCAUAAAAUACCUUGAAUAUGUUCAUAUGGUCAUGUUUCUAUAGUUCCGAUGUCAUAGUCACAUUGCUUGUUACUCCCCAGGGAGUGGAGAAACUUCAUACAUUGUUUGCUGACAAGCCAAUUGCAAAAUCGAAUGAACAUUGUAGUAUGCCUGUAAAGUGCUUUGACACUUUGAACCAAUAACAAUUCCUUGAAGGAGCAGAAAAUUUAUUUUAGUUGAAAACUAAUAGAACGAAUAGGACAGAAACAAAUAUUGAAAAAAAAAUUAUUAUAAAUUUGUUUGUAUGUUUGUAAUCAUAUUGUUUACUUAACUCACCUUGGGCCCAUUGCAUAGCAGUUACUAUUAUUAUGGUAACUUUGCCAUCCAAUUGUAACUUGCAUGGAAUCCUUGAUUCUGAUUGGCUGCUGAUCAGUGUUACAAUGGUAUACAAAUAAUGAAUGUUUAUGAGUGCAAUGGACAGAAUACUUCAUGAGGUGAAAGAUGAAAUGAUCCAUUCAACGAGGCGUAGCCGAGUUGAAUGGAUCAUUAUUUCAUAUUUCACCGAAUGAAGUAUUCUGUCCAUUGCACGAAUGAAAAAAUUCAUUAUUUGGUUUAUAUGACACCUAAAAAUUGAUUUUUUUUUUUCUCAUAUGAAAUUUAUCAAUUUCGAUGCAAAACAUGUCAUGCAGUGCGAGUUCGGUCUGUUGAUUGUUACGUCAUUACAACAUGCGCACUGUUGGUGCCUGCAUAAGCUGCAGUCUCGGUGCACGCGUGCAAUGGACAAAAUCGUAUGGAUCCAAAAUUGCACGAUGAAUGGAUCCAAAAUUGCACGGUUGAUGACGUCAUUGCUAAAUGGGCUGAAUGAACGAUAUCAAACAACCAAUCAAAUCACAAGGAUCUAUCUAGGUGUCAUAUAAUAGUUACUAUUGGAUGGCAAAAUUACUAUAAUAGUAACUUUUAUGCAAUGGGGCUCUGGUCUAUCAUCAAGUUAGUGUCAUUACUAUUUUUUUCAACUGUCACUUGGUGAUGGUCUAACCAUCAUUCAGUAUAAUGCCCAUACAGUCUAAAUUCAACUUUGUCUAUGUAUUUCGGAAUAUGUCAAAUGAAAAUUUGGCUCAUGAACAAUUCAUUUUAUCACAUAGACUGGUGUUAAUCUAAGGGACAGGGUGUGUAAAACCGCACUGGAAAUGCAAAAUAAUGAAUGGGAAAGAUGACAAUAUUGAACAAGAUAACAAUAUUAAACAAGAUGACAAUAUUAAACAAGAUGGUUUGUAGACAAACUUGUUGGAUACAAACUUCAAGUAGACCAUGUGGGAUGAGACUAGAUUGAAGUUGAAAGUGUGGGUGUCGACCCAAUGGUAAUUCACACUUUCGGUCAUGUGUUCUUAAGAGGACAAAUCCAUCCCCCCCCAAAAAAAAAAAAAGAAUUGAAAUUCCACUGACUUUGGAUAUAAAAUAAGAAAGUUAUAGCAUAAUGAUUCCGGUGACCCGGGUUCGAUUCCCAAGUGGUGCGCUAGUGCCCUUUGGUAAGGCAUUUAUCCUCAUUACCAGGUCCCUCGUAGAGGACCUUAAGCCGUUGGUCCCCUGGCUGCUUGCUCACAGGCAUUCGUGAUUUCUUAGCAGUCAGGUAAAAAACCUCGGUAUAACAUAACAUAACUUAAUUUCAAAGUUUCACCUAUUUGUCACAAAACAGUUGUAUGCACAUCACAGUGAUAUGCAAGUUAGAGAGUCAAUAAUGUCACUCACUAUUUCUUAUGUAUUUUAUUACAUAAACUAUAGAAUGUUUCUUUUUUUGGCAGAUUUGACAAAAGGAAGCAAUGUCCAUGAAUUGCAAUAGGUUGCAACAAUGCCAAAUUCCCCAUUUUCAAGGAGGAAUCAAUCCCUUUUUACAUUAUAAUGAGGAAAAAAUUAAGAUAUUUCAUAUAAUAAAAUGCAAAAGAAUGAGUGAGGGAUGAAGACAUUGGUUCCUCCAUUUGCAUAUAACUGUUUUGUGAAAUUAAUACUUCUGAACGUUAAAACUUUCUUAUUUUACCUCUCAUUAUGAUGAAAUUUUCAGCGUUAGUAGAAUUUGAUUUUUCUUUUACUCAAAUCAACUUUGAUGGGGUUAACAUAUCCUAAAGCCCUAGUACUCCCGGGGUAUUUUAUUAUUUUCAUUCAGGGGGAGGGGGGCAUAUGGCUCCCUUUUAAGAUCUUGAAUUGCGCAGUCGCGAUGAAAGUUUGCACGAUGGUAGAGAAUGACAUAAUCUACAUGAUUGCAUAUGUAAAUUUCACAAAAUUUUCCCAUGUUAUUUUAUAUGAAUUGAUUAUGUUCAUUCAUGAAAUCAUACUUUUUGCUAUCAUUCACUAUAAAGCUCCCAGAAUGCAAGGUAUUGGUGUUAAUAUUCUUAAUGGCAUUCCCAACCACUAAAUGAAAAAAAAUUGAUACAAAAUCAAUUUCUUAUGUAUUUUUUUUUAUAUUUGUGAAUUUCUUUUAUUAUUUUCAUUGUUUUUUCUACAAAAUUUGUCGGCGACAUUAUUUCAGCCAUCAACAUUAAUCGAAUUAAAUGACUUGUCAAUAAAAGUAAAAAAUUAUCACCCAUUUUAUAUGAAUUCAGCUAAAAGCACAUUUUGUAAUAUACUCUGUACAUGAAAUCAUGUUUUUCAGUACUUAAGGUAGGGGUCUGACAUGCUCUUCAUUAUGUUAUGUAAUUUCAAAUUUCAUAAAUGUAUACCUGGACAUUUGGUCUCAAAAGACGAUGCGCAAGAAUUCAAGGUACAAAGAGAGUAGCAUGGUUAAAAAAUUUAUAUGGCAAAUUUAUCACGAAAAAUGUUGAUGGGGCUCCAUUAUUGUAGUGCCCCCCCCCCCCCCUGGGAGUAUUGGGUUGAUGUCAGAGAGUUCUUCUUUAAAGCCUGUCUUUAGCAUUAGUAAAGGUUCAUCAAUGUGAAUUAUUAUCGACUAUCAUAUCUAACAUAUCAAUAUUAGUACAGACGUCUAGAGUCUAGCUUAUAGAACUUCUUCUAAAGCCACUUCUCUGUGAAAUUUCAAAUAUUUAUGUUUUGUAGCUGUCCCACUUUGGAGUCACAUUGUUCUUGUUUGUAUACUACAUGUAUUUGAAAAUACAAUACACUUGUAUAGCUUUGUAUGAAAAGAACUAACUAAA